GCGACCAUGCAGGCAUAAGAGAUCUAAAACCUUAUUGGAGACUAAUAAUAGCUAUCAUCCCCCUACGGUCUGCUAAGCAGCUUUGAUUCAUGUCCGAAGCAAGCUCUCAUCUCCAGUGCGAAGAUGGAACACGACGUAUGCAAGCAUGAAGUCAUGCAUACCUCCGGCACGCUGGUACCUCUCGGUUCCGCUAGCCUACCUUCGAGUCGUCAGAGCCCCUCGCCUGCGUAUUAGUGACCAUGUUCGCCCUCACUCUCCUCAGCUACGCGCUCUUGGCCACCAGCGCACUCGCUCGGCCCUCUGGUCUCUCCGACCGGCUUGCUCGUCGGGCUGCAGGCUCUCACCUCACGCGUCCCUUGCAGCGCGUUGCCAGCCCCGAGGCACUCGCUAGCAACACCUCCCAUGUUGAGUACAGCUCCAACUGGGCUGGUGCCGUCUACGACACGUACCCUUCGGGCAGCUUCAAAUCCGUUACCGGUACCUUCACCGUCCCUACCCCCAAGGCACCCAGUGGUGGCUCGGGAACUUACUCCUCCUCCGCCUGGGUUGGUAUUGACGGUGACACCUGCGGUACCGCCAUCCUGCAAACCGGUGUUGACUUCACUGUCAGCAAUGGUCGUACUUCCUACGAUGCUUGGUAUGAAUGGUACCCCGACUACGCCUAUGAUUUCUCCGGCAUUUCCAUCAGCGCCGGUAACCAGAUCCGCGUGACCGUCACUGCCUCGAGUACCACGUCCGGCACAGCCGUGAUCGAGAACCUGUCCACCGGUCAGACGGUGUCAAAGUCGCUCACCUCGUCCUCUGCCCUUUGCGAGGAGAACGCAGAGUGGAUAGUCGAGGAUUACGAGGAGAACGGCAGCCUCGUCCCUUUGGCUAACUUCGGCACGGUCACCUUCUCGAGUGCAUCGGCAACUACCGGCUCUGGUUCCAUCGGCCCGUCCGGUGCCACCCUCAUCGACAUUGAGCAAAAUGGCAAGGUCUUGACCUCUGCCUCGACCAGCGGUAGCUCUGUUACCGUCUCCUACGUUUAAAGGGUCCUGAAUGUCGAUCUGGAGCUGAACGAUUGUGCUAGAUACUUCAGAUGGACAGGGGG